CACUAGAUGUCGCUGUUGCCGUCUGGAGCCCGCGGCGGGUUGAGCAGCCGGUGUCCUCGCGCGCCAAACAGCCGGAAAAAAAAACUUAGGCAAAAAUGGCGGAAGGUGCAACGUCUCUGAAAGGGUUGCGGGCACAAAUGGCUGCAGCUGCGCAGGCGCAGGCAGAGGAACGGCGUAACCAGGCAGGGAACAGCCCAACACCAGCAGCUCCAGCCAGCACAGUGAAGAGCCAAACCAGGCCAGUCAUUGAUGGGGCAGCCUUGAGGAUAGACGACAAACUCAGAGUGGCCAAAGAAAGGAGAGAAGAGCAAGAAAAACAACAUGCGUCCCGUGAGACUCAGCUCCUGGAGCGAGAGCGUAAGACCCGGCUGCAGGUGGAGAGACAGAUGGAGGAGAGACAGAAGAAGCUGGAAGAACAGCGCAGGAAGGAGGAACAGAGAAGAGCUGCAGUGGAGGAGAAAAGGAAACAGAAAUUAGAGGAAGAAAAGGUGCACUAUGAGGCCGUGAUGAGACGUACCCUGGAGCGCAGCCAGCGAGUAGAGCAGAGACAGAAGAGAUGGUCCUGGGGUGGACUUUCAGACUCUGACAACAAAAAUGGACAGAUUGACAGUGGCCCUGCCUCCUCCCCGAUUGCUAUAGUAAUCUCCCCUGCUUCUCCAGCCACCAAGCAACCAAGGAAUCAGACGUCACAAGACAAGCGCUCUUCCUCUACUACAAACCUGAAACAGACUGACUCAGUCAUCAGCAAACGUCUCUCCUCAUCCUCAGCCACCCUCCUUAAUUCUCCUGAUAAACGUGCAAAGAAGAGAAGUUCGUCUUUGAACCGGUUGCCUAGCAAUGUUCCUCAGGCCUCUAAAGAAGUGCAUAAGCAGCCUCAGGUGGAAAAGACAGGCCCAAUCCUGAAGAAGCGCAGCUCCUCCCUCUCUCGGGUAGGGGCUAAAACGCAGCCCGUCACCAAACCAGAGAAAUCCACAGCAGAUGAAUCAGUGUCUAUAGCUCGCCGCAUGUUGGCUGCCCCCGUGGAUAGCAGUGUCCUCAGUCGGCUGCUCACACCCACCCAGGCCUCGCUAGCUAGAAGCAAGAGUGCCGCGGCCCUGUCCGCCGAAGGAGGCGACACCCAAGAGUCUCACCUGUGUCCUCGUUCAGCAUCUGCCAGCCCCAUGCAGCCCCCAGCCCAUGGACCCCUACGCAGUCGCAGCAGUGAUCGAAAAAAAGGCCCACCUGCUUCUGUGUCUGCAGAUGGCAUUUCCAGUAUGAUGCAGCAGAAAGCUGAGAAGGAGAAACGCUUCACGUCACCAGUAGGAAAACGCCCUGCCUCGCCCUCUAGUCGUCAUCGAUCCCCUUCUCCUUCUCCCGCUGCUAACACCACUACAAGAGCGCCCUCACCUGGAGCAGCCAAGCAGAGUCCAUCCUUCCGUACUCCUUCUCCCAGUGGUUCGAAACAGCGGCCUCCAUCCCCUCAGCCCUCUGCCACAUCCAAACCUCCACCCAUCCAGAAACCUGCUCUCACCCCCACCGGCCCGCCCACCCUUCGCAAAAGGGACUCCAAGCCAAAGGAUAUGUCUCCCAUGAUGCCUGUCACCCCACAGUCUCCAGAAACCAGCAUGCCCAGCCCGGCACCCGCACCCAAAACCAAAGAGGAAUCCAGUUCCAAAGCAGGAAUCGCAGGAACUAACUCGGCUGCAGAGGCUUCGAAGAUCCUGGCGGAGAACCGGCGUCUGGCACGCGAGCAGAAAGAGAAAGAAGAGCAACUCCGCAUACAGAAAGAAGAGGAAGAGAAGCUGAGGAAAGAGGAGGAGAAGCGGCUGGCAGAGGAGGAGCGCUUGAGACGUGCAGAGGAGGAGAAGAGGCUUGCGGAGGAGAGGAAGAGAGAAGAGGAGGUGCAGGCUCGUAUAGCAGAGGAGGAGAGACAGCGAAUGGAGUUGGAGGAGCAGCAAAGACAGGCUGAGCUAGAGAAAGAGCGCGAGGAGGCUGAAGCAAAGGCCCUAGAGGAAGCAGAGAGGCAGCGUCAAGAGAGAGAACGCAUUAUGCAACAGAACCAACAGGAGCGCAUGGAGAGAAAGAAGAGAAUUGAAGAAAUUAUGAAGAGAACCAGAAAAACAGACCAAAUCGAUUUUAAGAGUAAUGAUGAGAGGGACAUUCCGUAUGAAGACGGAGAGGAGGCUGAGGACCAAAUAUACUGUGAAAAUAAGGAGUAUCAGGCUGUCGAGUCAGAGCAGAAUGCCAUGAAGACAGAGCCAUCAGACUUUCAGGAGCAUCACUUACCUGAGGAGGAGCCAGUCAGCGAGCAAGAGGGGCCAGUUGAUCGUAUGAACACACAAACAGAUGUGGACAAUAAAGAGAACAGCAAUGGAACCGGUACAGAAGAUUUCUCAGUGGACAGCAGCCCCCCUCUCAAGUCCUGUCUGAUGGAGGGCUCAGAGUUUGUGAACGAGGACUCUAAAGUGAACCUGGUGCCAGGGUUGAAUGGUAAAGGAGGACCCUGGAGCUUUGAGGAGCUGAUCGAUCUGGGUGUUCAUGCGAAGAGCAAACCCCUAUUGGAUGAUGGGGGCCCUGAGGGGCCUAAAGUGGCAUUUGAAGAGAAAACCAGCUCCAUUCAUCCAGCCCAGCCUAUUGAAGCUCUGUCCGAGAUGUGAAUGCAGAGGUCUGUUUAAGGCUUGCUGAUUAUUGCACUCCAUGAGUCACGUCCAGCUGAGCCUCAGUGUCAGCGCUCAGACUCGUCUGGACAGCCAGGGAAAGCGCACAGUGCCUCUGCAGAUAAUAGAUGGAUAAAGCAAGAGAAAAUAAAGACAAGUUGGAAGUAACAAGCUAAAGAAAUGCUUCAGGGAAAAUGAUAGAUUCCUUCAGUGUGCUUGCUUCGGCUCUACAUCUUUCUAAUAUUGACAUCAGGAUUUGUUUUGUCAUAUAUUUCUUAA